GAGGUACUCGAGUCGGUGUUUACCUGAGUCAUUUGGCACAAACUUUGUCGGGGAUUUGCCUUAAACCUGAGUCCCCAAAUCGAAAUACGCUAAGUAGUUGCGCGGGCGCUACGACGCAGGCAAAUGAGGUUGGGUUUGAUUGUUUCGAACCGUAUACCGCGUGGCUUUCUCAGAUGAUCAGAUCCGUCGUGGCUGAACUGAGCGCUGCCGAACUAAGAGCGUGGACGGGCUUGCCGUGGGUUUUCACUCCCCCGGUACAGGUGCGGCAACGGCGUCGUCUUCCCGGGUGUUCAGGUUAGUUACCUCCAUGUUCCGUGCACGUCGUCCUCAAAAUUUGGUCAGUUAAUGCGCGCGUGGAAAUGGCGAUCGCCUGAAGAAUGGAAGAGAAAAAUGGAGGUCCGAAAACUUCGGUGGUUCGACGAAAUGCGAUGGCCAGUAGCACCUCUGUAUCUUAUGUUAAGAUCCUGACGUCCAUAAUGAAGAUUUUGGUACGUAUGUAAAUUAAACGUUUGUAGUAAGGGCUGCACGCGGGUUGAUUCUCUCAAACUCUUCAACACGGCAAAAUUUCUGACAUUGGUCGUGGAAGUUUCAGGACUGGAGCAUUGUAAGUGGGGUGUUCUUCCUGCGUCGGUACGGAAGUUGGAACAGACACUUAAGAUGGCGCAGAGCUUUAUCGACAGGCUUUACCAAACGCGUUUCAGAGGCCUUUCUUUCUCAGCACCUGCCGUGACGUCAAGGACAACUGAGGCUCAACUGGUACGAAGUGUCCUCCAGAUGCUACAAGGAUUCUCAAGUCCUCUCUUUUACUGGGAUGAUAGAGCACAUACUUUUCAUGUCAAGAAUGACAUCCACGUUGCACACCUUUCUUUGUCAAGUUUGAGUGACAUACUUAGUCGGUUCAUCCAUGCUGCUAACUGCUUACAACUUGUUGAAGAGUUCGUCAAGCACAUUAGAAUGUAUUCCCAAAUGUAUCCACCUACCAUGAAGGCCUUCACAGAUUCUGUUUUUGAAAGGUUAAAGAAUCUACGGAAGAUUGCUUUAAGCGAGGAGGAGAAAUCAAUUAAGUUAGAUAACGGAACUAAGGCCACACUUUUGGCAUUAGUAGAAAAUUUGAAGUGUAUCUGUGCUGGAGCUGAAUUUCUGCUGCAAAUUGUCAGGGAAGCUGUUCCUUGCCACUAUCUUGAUGCACAAUAUUCUAUGCAUGCUAGUGAAUUGGCAGUCCAUAUUCUCGAUUAUCUUUAUCUGAAGUUGAAUGAAGAUUGUUUGGUGCAAGAUGGCGAGGAUGCAGCAUAUCACACACUGUUGAUUUUGUUCAUCAGCAGUUUACAGCCACUCAUACACGGUCUCGAUGAUUGGCUUUAUGAGGGAAUACUUGAUGACCCAUUUGAAGAGUUAUUUUUCCAUGCAAAUGAUGCUAUAACAAUUGAUGAGGCUAGUUUCUGGCAAAAGGGCUACAGUUUACGUCGAAUGGCGUCUCGUGCUAUUAACAAAGAUGAUACCACUUCCAGUUCCGUGAAACAAUUACUAUUUGGAAAAUCUGGCCUUGCAAAAUCAAGGGCUGAUGCCAAUGACCUUGUCUGUCCUCUUUUUCUGCAAGAGUUAGCCAAGCCAAUUGUGUCAGCUGGGAAGUCACUACAGUUGUUGAGGCAUGUACCUGGGGUGCAUAGUUAUGUCUAUAACAAAGAACAGGAAUUUGAGAACUCAAGUUUCUCUGCUUUGAAAAGUUCUACUACUGGUAAUCUUUCACAAUCUAUCAUGGACAGUCUGGGUACUAAAACGAGAGGUUUUUUGUUGCUGGAAGAUAAUGAACUCACAGACAGUGGUUACCCUGACAAUGAGCCUGCGAGUCAAGUGAAGCAUAUGCUGCAUACCAAGGGUGUUGCAGGUUUGACAUUGUCUGAGUUGUUCUGUAUAUCUUUUGUUGCUUUGGUUGCUGAUAACAUUCACCUAUGUAAGUACUUCAAUCAAGAAUAUCCAUGGUCUCCUGAGAUAGCUAGGAUAUGCAAGUCUUUUAUGGAUGAGGAGAACCUUGAAGAUAAUAGCAUUGACAAGAGGUCAGCUUCAACUUCCAAGGGAAAAAUCUGGUGUAAAUUUUUUAGAGAAACAAUUUUGCAGAAGGAACAUGUUAACAAAGAGGGAGGGAAGGUUUAUAGAGUGCAUGAUCUGUCUGGCGAUGCUACUCUAGGUAGACCCUCGAUUAAGCAUUUAUCACCUCAUAAUCCACAUGUAGGUAUAUGUUCUAGAUUAUUGGAAAAGAACCAUCCUUUGUGGGAGAAAUUAAGUGUAUCCACUUUCUGGUUUCUCCCCCCCUUAAAUGACAAGCCACUGCGAGAGGCUAUUUUUGGUAGGAGCAAUGACCACAUAGCAACAGAUUAUAUUUCUUGCCAUGGGCUUUCCAAGUUGGACCACAACAGCCUUAAAGAUAUAGAAGCGUUAUAUCCUUUUCCAACUGUUCUUCCAUGUUUUCAGGAAGGUCUCCCUGUUAUGGAUUUCUUGCCGUACCAAAAAAACAGCAGUGUUGUUUUAAGAGUGCUCAGCUGGAUCCAACAUUUGGACGUUAAGAUACAGCUACUUCCUGUGGUCAUAGUUCAGGAAUGUCUUACAGUCUACAUAAAGAAGCAGGUUGAUUAUGUAGGUAAGCAGAUUCUGUCAAAGUUGAUGAACAGCUGGAGGCUGCUGGAUGAGCUUGCUGUAUUACGCUCCAUUUACUUGUUAGGUUCAGGGGACCUACUUCAACAGUUCUCAACUGUCCUAUUUGACAAGCUAGAUGAGGGUGAACCAUGGGAUGAUUACUUUGAACUGAAUACAAUGUUACAGGAUUCUAUCAGAAACUCAGCUGAUGGCACGCUUUUAGGUUCCCCAGAUUCCCUAACUGUGACAAUUUCAAAGCAUCAUAACGAAGAUAGUGAUGAAAGCCAGCCUAGCCUGGGUCCAAGUUUGCUUAUUAGCGGCAACCAAUUCUUUGGGAUCAACGCCUUUGACAUGCUUGAAUUUACUUAUAAGGUAUCUUGGCCUUUGGAAGUUAUUGCUAAUCAAGAUGCAAUGAGGAAGUACAAUCAGGUGUUAGCCUUCUUACUGAAGGUGAAACGUGCAAAAUUUGUUCUUGAUAAAACACGCCGAUGGAUGUGGAAGGAUAGGAGCUCUUCAAAUGUCAGUCACAAGCAUCAGUUGUUACCUCAGCAAAAACUUCUACAUUUUGUGGAUGCGUUUCACCAAUAUGUCAUGGACCGAGUUCUUCACAAUGCUUGGCUCGAACUUGGGGAAGGAAUGGGCUCUGCCAGAUCCCUUGAUGAGGUGAUAGAAGUGCAUGAAUCAUAUUUAAUAUCUAUUCAGAGGCAAUGCUUUGUCGCUUCGGAUAAACUGUUGGUGUUAAUUGCUAGCCGUAUCAAGAGCAUUCUGGGAUUGGCCCUCGAUUUCCAUGCCAUACAACGCACUCUUCGUUCUGGUGGUGCUGCACCUGCCAUCAAGGCAAGAUGUGAGAUGGAAGUGGAUCGCAUUGAAAAACAGUUCGAUGAUUGCAUCGCCUUUCUUUUAAAGGUCUUAUCUUCAAAGACAAAUGUUGGUCACUUUCCUCAUUUAGCAGAUCUGGUAACCAGAAUUAACUACAAUUACUUCUAUAUGUCUGAUGAUGGUAGCUUGUUGACGGUGCCUGGUGUUGAAACUACUGCUUCAAGAACAGGGCAGCCAAAAACUUAGCACCCAGAUGUUCUUAAUUUGAAGAUUCACACGUGGUUGUAUGUUGUUUCCUGGGUAGAUGAUGCUUAUCAGUUGAUCGAAAUCAUAGCUGGCACCAUAUAAGAAUAAGUUGGGACUUCUUGCCAAUGGUCAGAAUUGUGUUUGCAGCAAGAGAAUAGAAGUCCCUUUCAUUGCACAAAGCAAUUUGGAUGAAAUUUCGCAUCGUAUGCGGCUGUCUUCCUAGUUGCUAAUUGGGUUAUCGCUCAUCGUCAGAUGUACAAUAUGUGAUAUAUGAUUGGUCGGCGUAAUAUGUGAAUAUGUUGUGAUCCAUUGUAAUUUUUGCUUUCAUUUUGUUUCUCUUGGUAAUUAUAUACGGACAAAAAUGGGGCUUUUGAUUAAUUAUGCAUCGGAUAGGAGGAUUCUUUGAGGCGAUUCUGUACGUUAAUACUAGUUUUGGUCACCUUUGCUGUUGUAGAGGUUGAGGGAUGGUAUGCAAUGACAUGCAUUGCUGCUGAAAUUUGUACAUUCAGGAACCUACAGCGUGUUAAAGACGAAGCCAAUUGAGUUGCAGUGUUAUGGUUACAGUUCAAGUUCCGUUUAUUGAUCUGUGUCAGACACUGGAUAUUUUUCUGGCCUUAUUAUUAGUUUCGUCUUUUCCA